CCCCCCGAUCCCCUGAGACGGUUUUCAUUCCCAAAUCUCGAAAAACUCCACCUUCGGAGGAAUAAUAAAAACUAAACCCAAGCUCUUGGUUUCCCGUUUUCCCCCCUUUAACCCACCCCCGCGUUGCUUGUGUUGUUGCUGCGUUGCGUCCGUCUUUCUUUUUUAUUUCCAGUGUCUCAUUCAGACCAAGUCAUGCGCCGUUGCAUCCUCGACAGCCCUUCCACGUCGAAUUGACACCAACACCACUACGAAAUCACCCGUCGUCGAUCCCCCCCGAAACCGACAACCCAGACGAAGCCGAUUUGUAGACAAAUUAAUUACGUGCGACCGACAAAAUGACGGCGUUUGAGGCUGAGAUAUGGACUUGGUACAGUCUAUCGUGGAUCAUUGUCAUUGCGAGAAUGAUAUCACGACGGAUGUUACUGGGUUCAGUCAAGAAGCUACAAGUUGAGGAUUACUUGAUGGUAGUAGCAAUGUUCACCGAUACCGUGUUAAUGGUCGGCAUGUCGAUUAUUUCGCAAACGAGCAGUAACCUCAUCGAUCCCAGCGAACACGUCGUCCUCGAUGCCGAGGAGAUUAGAACGAGAGAGUACGGAUCGAAAUGGGUCUUGGUCGUCGAGCAGAUGCAGAUUGUCACUAUUUGGCUCAUGAAGUACUGCCUGUUGCUCAUGUACAACCGCCUCACAAUGAGUUUGAGUCAGAACUUGGCUGUCAAGUUUGUCGCCGCCUAUGUCACUGCUGGUUUCGUCAUCAUGGAGAUCUUGUACCUUGGUGUUUGGUGUCGUCCAUUUAACCAGUACUGGGCUGUUCCUCCAAAGAACACUCAAUGUUCUGCUGCGACGAACCAUCUCAUCACCAACGCCGUCAUCAACAUUACAUCCGACAUUAUGAUCAUUCUCAUCCCAAUGCCAAUCUUUCUCAAGUCCCAGCUCCCAUUGAAGCGCAAGGCUGUCCUCAUUGGUGUCUUUGCAUUGGGUGCCUUCACUAUUCUCUCCGCCAUCCUCAACAAGUUCUACAGUUUCAACGAACCCUUCGGCUCAAACUGGACGUUCUGGUACAUCCGCGAAUCCUCCACCGCCAUCAUAACCGCCAACCUUCCCUACAUCUGGACCCUCCUCCGCCGCAUCUUCAAGCUCGGCUCAUUCAGCGGCUCGACAUACGGCAAGAGCACAAACAACCCCUCCAAAGCAUACCGCUCAAACUUCACCAACCAUCGCUCCGUCGUGCGCUCCCAAGUCCGCGCGGAGCAUAACCUGCACCAAGUCGACAGCGAGGAAGAGAUCAACGCCACAUACGCUCUACCGCUCAAGAUCUACGCUAAGCACGAGAUUCAAAUCACGAGUGAAGAUGCUGGUCCUGAGGAUAGGAGAGGACCCGUGGGGUGCAUCCCUGAUGAGUUGAUGAGCCAUAGCAAGGACAGCAUACGGACCGAUGAUGUAGAGACAAACUCUGAAAGAUCGGCUGCCGGUGUUGUCAAGGUCUAUCACGGAGUAUAGAUUUGGAUGGGCGACCAUUUGUAUCAUUUUUGUUUUUUAAUGUUUGAUGAUUUGGGUAAACGCCUGGAUCAGAAUACCCAGCGAUGUAUAAUUUGCCCGUAUAGAUAGAAUCGUGCCUAUAGCACCAGAAGCGAUAUCAACAAGCUCUUGUCACAAG